CUGUCUCCUCUCUCUCUCGGCAAUAAUGAUAACGUGAAGAAGAGGCACCUCAGCAAAGAUCUAAAACUCACCCGCUCUCAUUAGCCUUAUCGUCUUCUUGCACCGGUUAGCUCACAGAGCAGCGCCCUUGAAGUAGUUGGACUGUCUCGAGACUUUUGUUGUGAAGACUUUUGGAGCUCUUCCUCUUCUUACAGAUCUGGUGUUGCUGUCUACCGCAGGUACGCUUUUCUCUAUGACCAAAACAGAGGACGGUGAAGGGAUGGGCAAGGCAAAAUGGUUUUCUAGCGUCAAGAAAGCAUUCAGCCCAGAUUCAAAGAAGUCGAAGAAGCACAAAUCACCCGAGAGCCCAAAUGGCGUCAGGCAAUCUCCUCCUCCUCCUCCUCUUGAGGUGAGAGUAGCUGAAGUGGUUGCUGAACGGAACAUGAAUCUUUCCCCUGUGAAUGCUACGACCACUGAUGUUCUUGUAGUCCCAUCUUCAUCCUCUGCUCCUCCUCCUCCUGAGGUGGUGGUUCGUCCUCGUGCUCGGUUUGCUGGAAAGUCAAACGAAGAAGCGGCUGCAAUCUUGAUCCAGACUGUAUUCAGAGGCUAUUUGGCAAAAAGAGCAAUACGGGCAAUGAGGGGUUUGGUGAGGCUUAAGACAUUGAUGGAAGGAUCUGCUGUUAAACGUCAAGCUGCAAACACUUUAAAAUGUAUGCAGACUCUCUCCCGUGUCCAGUCCCAAAUCCGAGCUAGGAGAAUCAGGAUGUCAGAAGAGAAUCAAGCUCGCCAGAAACAACUCCUUCAGAAGCAUGCCAAAGAGCUUGCUGGCUUGAAGAACGGGGAUAACUGGAAUGAUAGCAUUCAAUCAAAGGAAAAAGUUGAAGCGAAUCUGCUGAGCAAGUACGAGGCAACGAUGAGAAGAGAAAGGGCAUUGGCUUAUGCUUACACUCAUCAGCAAAACUGGAAGAACAAUUCUAAAUCUGGUAAUCCGAUGUUCAUGGAUCCGAGCAAUCCGACAUGGGGUUGGAGCUGGUUAGAGAGAUGGAUGGCUGGUCCUGGUCGGCCAUUGGAAGAACCAAACAAUAACUUAACUCAACCUACCACACCAUCAUCCGCAAGAGGUGGCACUACUCCAAGAAACAAAAACAAAAACAAAAACAGUUUCUUCUCUCCUCCAACUCCCUCAAGACUAAACCAAUCCUCCAGAAAAUCCAAAGACGAGGACGACGCCAAAAGCACGAUCUCGGUUCUGUCCGAGAGGAACCGUAGACACAGCAUCGGUGGUUCGUCAGUCAAAGAUGACGAGAGUAUGGCUGGAUCACAGGCUCUACCGAGCUAUAUGGUUACCACUAAAUCAGCUAGAGCUAGGCUGAAGCCGCAGAGUCCGUUAAGUGGUGGUACCAUCACACAGGAGAACGAUGGGGUUGCUGACAAGGCGUCGGCUAAGAAACGCCUCUCUUAUACGAAUUCACCUGCGUUGCCUAAACCAAGGAGGUUCUCAGCUCCGCCUAAGGUGGAAAGUGUCGACGUUGCCGUGACCAAUGGAGGAGGAAGCUAAGCUAUUUAUGAUUUGUCUUAAAAAAAAAGAAGAUAUAUUUUCCACGUUAUGGAUCUGUCCGAGAUUGUUGUUGCAUGUUGUUAUGUGUUCCCUUUCAUUUGAUAAUUCAUUUGUGCAGAGUGUAAGCGUCUGUUAUUUAAAAUUUUACUACAAAUUUGAUUAUUCGACGAUAAAGUUUACCUUAUAACUUCAAAUUUUUAUUUUA